AUGAAGCGUGCUCAAAUGCUCGUUCUUUCCGAUGCCAUGACUUCCGAAAAUAUUCUCUUUUUUGAUGUAUUUAUGAGUACGAUGAAACAAUACUUUGGUGAUGUAGCCUUUUAUGUGGAGGAACAUGAUGAUUAUCAAGUGAUGAAUGAAGAUGUACCAUCUGUUGAGUAUUUUGAGACUUUGGUACAGAAUUAUAUUACUACUAAUGAAGCGGAGGCCAUCUUGAAGGAUAAAGAAUUGAAACGAUUGGCCAAACAUGUCAUCAAUUCGAAAAUUAAGAGAAAGGCAGAUUUUGAGUUGAAAGCGAUGGAUGGUGGAGUUUGGAGUGAAAAAGAUGAAAAAGAUGAUGGACAGUUUAGAUUGAAAGUAAACCCUUUGACAAAGGCAUUAUAUUACAAGUUUUUCACCUAUGUACCAAGAUGGGACUUUGAAGAUGUGACUUAUGAAUCUAAUGUAUUACAAGCUAUAGAAUCAGUUCCAGCAUUUAUGAGACAUGUGACUCGAGAAUUGGACCGAUUUAAAGUUAGCCAUAUGCUCAUCAUGGAAAUUCCAUUUGAAAAUAUUGCUGCUCUUCAUGUGCAACACAUUCUGUUUAACAGCAAACUUGAAAAAAGACCAAGAGGACUAUUAGUGUUGGAUUUAAAAAAGAAACCUGUAUUUAAAUCAAGAAGAAUUUCGUGUGAUGCUCGAAAUAUGAGUCAGGAAAAAAUAAGAACUGAUUUUACUAAAGAUAAACAAGCAUCACAAUAUAGUCGUCAGACUUUCGUGAAAUUGAAAGAUUUGUUGCUAUCAUGGCUGAGAGUGAAAAAAGUUUAG